AUUGACAUAUUGUCAAGAAUUUGUCCUAUCCUAUAAAUAGGUAAAUAAUGUAUUUCAAGUGGAGAUAUUAUGCACUCGUAAAAUUAGGUUUGAAGGAACAGGUGCAUAGUAAACCUGCACAUAAUAGGAGGUAUUACUCACAAAAUAAUUCUAACUCAAGAAUAGAAGAGUUAAUAAAUAUACAAAUUAAAGCAGAGCAACAAGCCAGCCAGAAUUAUUUAAAUAUAGCUGUGACUUUUUUACAUCCGUCUAAAUCACUGUUAGGUGUUGGAGGAUUCUUUAUGAAAAUGUAUAAUGAUGAACUAGAACACAUGCACAAACUCAUAAAUUAUCAGUUAUUACGAGGGGGAUCUCCCUUGAUAUCUGGCCUUGAACCACCCAACCAACAUAAAAAUCUUACUAUACUUGAUGCAUUUAAAGAAGGCCUUUGUAUGGAAAAAAAUAUAACUGAGCUUAUAGAAAAAGGAAUAAAACUUGCAGAAGAAGUCAAAGAUUUUCAUUAUGUAGAUUUUAUCACAUCUGUAUUUUUAACUGAACAAUUCCAAUCAAUACAUGAGUUUGAUCAACAUGUAACCAAGUUAACCACAUUAAAAAACAAUGAUGCUUUUUAUUAUCUCUAUGACAUGGAGCUACAAAAGAAUUAUCCACUUUCACAUAAUAUUAAAAAUCUGUUUAAAUAACUAAAGAGAAAUACAAGAACAAUGGAUUUAUUAAAAAUACAUACAUGGACUUAAAAAUCAUU